CUGGCUAAUGCACAAACCGUGCGAGCUACAUUAAAAAAAAACACAUAAUAUUUGACUUGACUGAUGCUGCUAAAUCACAAAUAAUUAAAUAAAUUUAAUGUAAUAUUAUUUCUGAAUUGUGGUUUAAUGCAUCACCACCAAACUAGUGUUUUUUUACUUUCUAGGCGCUCUGUUUCGAUAUUGUUAAAGGUUUCAAAAUAAUAAAUUAAUCUCACCUUCAGCAAUCUAGAUAUUUACUUGCUAUCGGACCGUGCUAUUCUCUGAUCUUCCAAUAAAUUUAAAUAACAAUGAUUGGAUUCAUAACAAAAAACAUUAAUGAUAUUAUAUACCUAUCCCUUCUGUUAUCCAGUGUUGUAGUCGGACCUUAUUAUAGAAGUAUAUCUACAAUCCUAUUAAAGAAAUGGACAGGUACAUUAUUAGGGCUAAUUCUAAUAGUGACUGUGUCAGGAUACAGUGCUAUUCACCCUAUUCUGUCAGCAACAAUAGGAAUUUUAGCAAUAAAAGCAAGUACUGUAAGGUUUUGUCACAUAGUCACUUUUUUUUUCAUGUUUGGCUAUUUAGUCUUCUUUCGAUUGGCUGAUAAAUUUGGUUUCUCACUGUCAUCUGGUCAAACUAAUUUAAUAGAAAUGAUAAUAGUAUUGAGAGUUGUGGGAGUAGCAUUUGAAAUUAAUGGUUCCUGGCUUGCGAUGAAGAAUAAAAAAGAAGAAAGUAUCAAAAAUGAGAAAGAGAAAGAUGAUGAUUUUGUGGAAAUUAUAAAUCCAGAUCUUUCGGACUUGUUUCAUUAUUCAUUUAAUUAUAUUGGUCUCUUGACAGGACCAUAUUACAGAUACAGGACAUUUGAUGACUAUUUCUAUUUGCCAUUCAGUAAGAAUGCUGAUUGUUUUGGUGCAACAAUCAACACUUUGAAAGCUGUUCCGUUAUACAUUUCACUGUAUUUGGCAUUUUCGAAUAUAUGGCCUUUAGAGUAUGUCUUAACCGAAGAACAUAAUAGCAGACAUAUCAUAUACAGAAUGCUAUAUCCGUGGGCUCUGUUCGCUGCAUUCCGCCAACGUAUAUACGCAGGUAUGACUUUAGCUGAAAGUGUCUGCAAUUCAGCUGGGCUGGGUGCAUAUCCUGUACAAGGUCGAAAUAGGACUGGUCAUGGACCAACUGUGGGAUACAUGAAAUUAAAGCAGAUGUCCGAAGAAGAAGCCAAGAAUUCAUUGUACGAUUUUAAUACAGUUGAGUCUAUGGACGUAUGGGGUUGUGAGUCAGUCGUAACUUUGCGUGAUUCUAUGAAAGUUUGGAACAAAGCAGUGCAGUAUUGGGUAGCAAUGUUUGUAUACAAGAGAUUCCCGAUAAAACCUUUGAAAAUCCACGCGGCAUUAUUUAUAUCUGUGAUAUGGCAUGGUUUCCAUGCUGGAUACUUUUUCUGUAUAUACUUCUGUCCGUUCUACUUGAUGGCCGAAGAUAUCUAUUACAAACUGUACUACAAGAAUGCUACAGGAAUGAAAAGGAACGUGAUCGGUUUCGUAAUGUGGUUUCUACGUUCGCAUUCGGAGUCUUACCAGGCGGCCGCGUUCCUGCUCUUGACUUUUGAUCGUAUAUGGAUAUACUAUUCAUCCGUUUAUCAUUAUUGGUACGGCGUUUGGCUGGUCUUUUUAUUAAUAGGAAUUGCGUUGAAUCAGUUUCAUAAAACAAAUAGACCGAAAAACUCUAAUGAAAAAAAAGUAGAUCAAAUAAAAACGGAAUAGUUUAAUUUAGUCAAGACUAUAAUGUGCAAGGUAAAUAAUUAAUGUUGCUCAAUUGAUGUGUCUUCGAACCAUGAAUUUAUUUGGGAAUCAAUACCUCUUUCAAGAUAUUGUUUAAAAUUUCAUAUACAUUACCAUUCAGUACAGAGACCUGAACUUGUAUUUAUAUUAUAUAGUAGCGAUCCGCCAUCGCUUCGCUUCGGAAACAUUAAAUUUUAUCAUUAAUGAUAGCUGAGUAUCGCGGGGCGAAGCUAGUAUAAAUAAGUCUAAGUUACUCCUUAUAUCACCAGCUACCUAUCAGUGAAAGUACCUUUAAAAUCGGUCUAGCCGUUCCAGAGAUUAUCCGGAACAAACAGACAAACAAACAAAAAUUGUAAAAAAUGUUAUUUGGUGUAUGUACCGUAUAUAUAUUCAUAUGCAUGUACCUAGUAAGAAGCAGUUAUUUCAAUAUUACAAACAGACACUCCAAUUUUAUUUAUAUGUAUAGAUAAAGAUAGAUAGAGAUAAUUAUACGGAGAUGUUAAAAUAGUUUCAUUGGUUUAUAAUAUUGAAAUUAUACUUUUUUUCUAUUGUAUUUGUGAAUAUAAUUUUAAUGAUAACAGUCGCACUUUAUUGGAGUCAUAAAUAUUCGACAAUGUUAUGAACCAAACACAAAUUUAGUUUCCUGCUGUGGCCGGUGAAGUAGUAGUCCAAAAUUGAGUUGAAAUUGUGAUCGGACAGAGAUCUGGAGUUUAUUUUUUAUGCGGGAAAAGGUUCUUAGUUUCAGGUCAUGGACUUCGUGGUCUACUCUCAUCUGAAUAUAUUACUGAAGUAGCAAACUGUUGAGUAUAAUGGCUAAAUAAAGAUCUAGAUAGAUUAUUGUCAAUUCUGAGAUUUGUGUGAUAUGAAUAAGUUUUUAUUAUUAUUUUGUAUUGGGUUCUAGUCUUAUGUAAGUGGACUAAAAUAAAUUAGGUACAUAACUGAAAUUAA